GACAAUGAAGGGUUGGACUGAGAAACAGUACCCUGUAUUGUAACAGAAAUGAGGAAAAGAGGUAGUGGGUAACAGAGAACUUUGUCCUGCUCAUAGAUCCCCCAAGAAUCCCUGUCCCCUCCCCCCAACCUCCUGCCAGAAUGUUGGGUUCAAAGCAUGAGCAGAUUAACGGAUAUCAGGGAGUUCUGUGGCCUGGACUGAGGAUGAGGAUAAUUUGUUAGAGUUAAAGUACUGGCUGAAUCAUUACAGACUUUCUGCUUGGUAUAUGUCUCUGUGAGGAUAAAGAGAAUUUAGACAAGGAACAUUAAAGCUGUUGUCGUUUGAACGAAGUCAUACAGUAAGGCAACAACCGAAGAUCAAGAGGGAAGCAAGAGUAUAGAGACAGCCUCAAAGUCCGAAAGACUGAGUUGGGAAGCAGUCACUCAUAAGGGAGCCAGAUUAGAUUUCAAUCUCCAAGGUUCAGCAUGCCAGGAAAAGCUGUUGCUGAUGGACACAGACCCUGUACCAUCAACUGAUUCACUAGGGCCAUGUCAGUGGCCACCUCUGUGAGAGAUUCUGCCUCUACACGGCCAUCUCUAUGGAAAAACCAAGUGGCCUUAAAAAAGGGUAAGAUAAAGUUUCAGACUUGGGCUCAGCAGAAGAGGAACUUAAGGCUGGGGCCAGUGCCAGGAUCUUCAUGUAUCCGUUUGGGAAUUGUGAUACUGUUGGUUUUUCUGCCAAGUAUGUACUGUGACCUGGGAUCAGUAUAUUAUACUUUCUAUGAAAUAAUUAUCCCCAAGUGGCUGAUAGUUCAGGAAAGGGAUGGCCAAGAGAAAAAUAUAUCCUACAUGAUAUUUAUGCAGGGCCAGAAACAGCUGAUUCACCUGAAAGUGAAGACAGACUAUUUUAUCAAGAACUUUCCAGUCUUCAGCUACCACAAUGGCAUCCGGGGACAAGAAAUGCCUUUCAUCUCACAUGGCUGUCACUAUGAAGGCUACAUAGAAGGAGUCCCGGGUUCUUUUGUUUCUGUCAACACCUGUUCAGGCCUCAGGGGCAUCCUGAUUAAGGAGGGAAAAUCCUAUGGCAUUGAGCCCAUGGACUCUUCAAAACGGUUUGAACAUGUGUUGUACACCAUGGCCCAUCAAGCUCCAGUCUCCUGCAGUGUCACUGCCCAAGACAGCCCAGUGGUGUCCGCCAGCCGACAACAAGGGAGCAGGAAGCCUGGCGGUCUACGGGAGCUGUCCUACUUGUGGUCACUCACCAAGUACGUGGAGAUGUUUGUUGUGGUCAACAACCAGCGGUUCCAAAUGUGGGGCAGUAACGUCAAUGUGACGGUCCAGAGAGUGAUGGACAUCAUUGCCCUGGCCAACAGCUUCACUAGGGCAAUAAACACAGAGGUGGUGCUGGCUGGAAUGGAGAUUUGGACCGAGGGGGACCUCAUAGAGGUCCCAGUGGACCUGCAAGUUACAUUGGGGAAUUUCAACAGCUGGAGACAAGAGAAGCUCCUCCAUCGUGUGAAGCAUGAUGUUGCCCACAUGAUUGUCGGACAGCAUCCUGAGCAGGGUAUGGGACAGGCAUUUCUCAAUGGUGCCUGUUCCAGUGGUUUUGCAGCAGCUGUUGAAUCCUUCCCUCAUGAAGACGUCCUCCUGUUUGCAGCGCUCAUGGUCCAUGAGCUUGGGCACAACUUGGGUAUUCGGCACGACCACUCAGCCUGCACUUGUAAAGACAAACACCUCUGCCUCAUGCGUGACAAUAUCACUAAAGAAAGUGGCUUCAGCAACUGUAGCUCUGACGACUUCUACCAGUUCCUCCAGGAACACAGAGGGGCCUGCCUAUUUAACAACCCUCAGCGGCACAAAGGCCGCUUGCGUAGGGAUUCCUACUGUGGAAAUGGUGUGGUGGAGGGUGAGGAGCAGUGUGACUGUGGUUCUGCCUGUUACACUGACCCGUGCUGUGACCAAACAUGUAGCCUGAAGGGGAGUGCAGAAUGUAGUGAUGGACUCUGCUGUUUUGGUUGCCGAUUGAGAAAUAAGGGAUUCGUGUGCCGUUCUGCUUCGGGAGAGUGUGACCUCCCAGAGUAUUGUGAUGGUAUCUCUGAAGAGUGCCCCACGGACACCUAUAAGCAAGAUGGGAUGGCCUGCGGUAGACUGUACUACUGUGUUGGGGGUCAAUGCAGAAACCCUGAUAAACAAUGCAUGGCUAUGUAUGGGGACACUGCACGGUCUGCCCCAGAAAACUGUUACAUUUCAAUAAACAGCAAAGGGGAUCGGUUUGGAAACUGUGGCCGUCCCACCUCGGCAAUGUCAAGAUAUGUUAAGUGUUUUGAUGAUAAUAUAUUUUGUGGGAAAAUUAUAUGUACAAAUAUUAGACGGGUCCCAGCCAUCAAACCCCAUCACACACUGAUCCAGAUUCCUUAUGAAGGUGACUUCUGCUGGAGCUUGGAUGUCUAUAACAUUACUGAUAUCCCUGAUGAGGGAGAUGUGCACUCUGGCACUGCUUGUGCCCCAAACAAAGUCUGCGUGGAUUACUCCUGCACCGAUCAUGCUGUGCUCAACUAUGACUGCAAACCUGCAGAAAUGUGCAACGGGAGAGGAGUCUGUAACAAUUUAAGGCACUGCCACUGUGAGGCUGGCUAUGCACCCCCCGACUGCAGAACCCCAGGAAAUGGGGGUAGUGUUGACAGUGGUUCCCCUACGAAACCAACUGAUGAAAAUCUAAGUGCAGGUGAAGAUGGCCGUCCUGCUAAACGUAAGACUGAAUUUCAAAAUCUUGGCCUUGUAAUUUUCAUACUCCCUACAUUUCUUUUACUAUUAUUGAUAUUAUUAAUAUGUUGCAUUAGUCUUAAUGCUGGAAUUGAGUCAGUAGAGACUCCAGGGGCCUCCACAACAUUGAGUUCAGAGCAUACCACUAUUGAAUCAGAGAUGUUCCUAUCAGAGGAGGCAGUCACAGAGGAGGGCCUCCCGCCCGAGGAAGACCUCCCACCCGAGGAAGGCCCCCCACCCGAGGAAGGCCCCCCACCAGAGGAGCCCCUCCCACCGGAAGAAGCCCCCCCACCAGAGGAACCUCCGCCACCAGAGGAGCCACCACCACCAGAGGAGCCUCCCCCACCCGAGGAGCCUCCGCCACCGGCAGCGCCCCCUCCACCGGAGGAGCCCCCCCCACCGGAGGAGCCCCCCCCACCAGAGGAGCCCCCCCCACCAGAGGAGCCCCCUCCACCGGCGGAGCCCCCCCCACCAGAGGAGCCCCCCCCACCAGAGGAGCCCCCCCCACCGGAGGAGCCCCCCCCACCGGAGGAGCCCCCCCCACCGGAGGAGCCCCCUCCACCAGAGUCAUAAGCGAUGGUAGCAAUUGAAGCACAGAAAUAACCAAAGGCAGAAGAGUAGUUGAAGAAGCCAAAUAACAUCAAAUACCUCAAGUACUGAGUAGGAAUGGAAGGCUUAGAAAGGCAAAGAGAAAAAGUGAGAAUUGAUGGCUCUAGUGGCGCUGAUGGGACUGUAUAGUCUACAGAAACACUAUGUAGGAAGAAAACUCCUGCUUUCAAUAUUUACUUUAGUAAUUUGACUAUAUAUUCAUAUAUGAAAUGGUACAUGAAAUAUUCUGUAUUUUUGCUUUUUCCCACUUCAUGAAACUAAGUUUUUCUCAUGGAUCAUUGCUAGUUGUUUCAUUUAGGCCACUUUUUGACCUGAAAUUUUUUUUCAGGGCGUUCCAUCUUCCAUCUACAUUGUUUGACAUAUGUAUUAUCUGUACCUAUAUUACUGGAUUAUUCAAACCAGUGACAACAAUGCAUUAUUUUAGGAACAUUAUCUAUUGAGUACUCUGAUUUGCCCUAACCAUUUCUAUUCAUGAAAGAGGUAAUUUAAAAUAAAGAAAUAAGUAAAUAAAUACAAGGUUAUUUUCAG